AUGCAUUUAUGUAUCCACUGCUCAAUAAACGUUCAGGAACAACAGAACCAAGCUUCUGCUUCUGCUACAUCUCAGUCUUCUGCCUCCGCCACAUCUCAAUCUUCAGAAAACCAGGAGAGCGCCACAACUUCUGGUGGAGUACAGAGCAGGGCACUAAUGAAUUUCCGCCUCAACUGGAACGCAAUCUACGAAUCAGAAGUUGGUCUGAAAAGAAAGUUGGAGAGAGGAAUGCGGCUGACUCCUGCAGAUCGAAUAGCUAUUGUUGCUGAAGUCGUAAAACAAGUAAGACACAAGGUUCCAGGGGCGACUAGAAAAACUUUCAAUACAAUUUACCAGGAACAAAUGAUCACGAAGCAUGAACAGUCUUUCCAAGAAACUCUUGGAGUAGCAGGCAAGGAAGGGUGUGCUGUUAAAAUCACUGGAGGAAUCCUUAAACAAAUGAAGGACAAGUUCGAUAAUGACAAGAAUAAGAAAACAUCCAACAGAACCCCAACAAGGAUGGAGGUGGAGCGUCCUCCUAUCAAAGAAGCAUACGGGUGUGUCAGAUGGGAAGUGGUUGACUAUCCGGAAGGUGAGGAUCAAGAAAGCCUGGAAGCAAAAAAGGUAUUAUUGCAAAAGCACUUCCAAAACAGAAGAACAAACGCUGCAGCCAGUCCCAGGGAAAUCAAAGACUUGAUGACAGUAACAUAUAAACACCAACGAGAUCUUAUUAAUUCAAAUGUGAAAGCAGCUCUACUAAAUCAAAGAGUAAGAAGAAGUAGGGGAAGACAGGCUGCAGAUGAGCAACAAGAAGAAUCUGAUGAGCCCUUGAUUACAAUUGCUCUCAUCAAAAAAGAAUUUCCCUACUUGUUUUGUUUUGUUGGUAUGGAGCUCCACCAUGAGCUUCUUACAGAUAUAAAUGUAUCAAAAGUAUUGGAUGAAUUUUGCAAUCAGGAGAGGGACAAAAUGUUACAGUUCUUUGCAACCAGCCACAACUUAGUAAUCCAAAGUAUUAAUAGAAAGCUUAACAGACAACUUGGCAAGGAAGGAUGCAAUGAAGAAUUUUCAAAGUUACUAGCUCUAAUUUGGAUGGUUGCUGUUGAGUUUAAAGAAGAUAUUAACUGCCUCAUCACUCUGGAUAAAGAGGAAAUUGACCUAGCAAAUUAUGAUACAACCACUUUGCAGCCAGCCCCUCAUCUGCUAGCCACAGGAGAAUCACUUUUGGCAGCUCGCAAGUUCUUAUUAACUAUUGACCAACGCUUUCUGUCCUCCCACACCAAUGUGGUUCAAACAAUAUGUUGCAUCUACAUGCCCUAUUUUAUUUUUAAUUUGAACUAUCCUGCCGGAUGUCAGGCGACCAUGGAAUUCAUACAAAGAUGCAUUUUCAAGCACAGUCCAGAAAAGGGUCACAAGAGGCCAACUUCAAGGGAUGAGGGUGGCAACUUUUCUACAACACCCACUCAUCCAUUAAUAUCUCGGCUGUUGAAGAAGUUAAAUGACCACCUGCAGGCAAGAGAAGGGGAGUCUUCAGAGGAAGAUUAG